GUAUGGUCCAGGUUCGGCACCGAAUAGGGUGAUUCAACGCUCCCAGUAGGCUCCGAACCGAGUACGCGGUAUACCCCGCAAAUACAGGUGUACCAGUACUGCUUGGAUAGAAUGACCAUACCUCUCUGUACUGGUAUGCUCAUCCCUCCUUCCGAGGAGGUUUGCUGUGUACAGUACCGAAAUUUCCAAGAAAUUACGCUUCCAACGAAACACCUUUAAGGUACCUUCCGUGUACAUGUACCGAGAGCUUGAAUCUCCCUAAUAUCCCCUGUCCGCCUCUUGCGGGCAGAAAACUCCACCGCGUACUUAGGUACAUGGAGUCACGGUGCGGGGCGGGAACAUCCGCCUUUCACCUCUUCCUGCCCUACCCGCUACCACCACCCUUGCUUGGGGUCGAGACUCGAGAGACUUCUAGUUGGUUACCAGCUGAUGUGACCGCCAAGAAACACGGGAUCACGUGCUUCAUGAUUCCUUUUUCUUUUUCUCACACCGCCCCGAUCAAUUGGCGAAUCCUUCCCACAAACCGUGCCCGUGUGUCAGACAACCACCACAGAUGUUCGACAACACACGCGGAGGCUUUCCUUCAGGGGAAAGCGGGCAAUACUCGGAGCACCCGUGCAGAGGCAUCACCACUACCACGAAUCCUCUUGUGUCCUACCGCCAACAGCAUCACCAUCACCAGACGGUAAAUAUGCUCAAGCGAGCACGAGAAGAUGAUGGGGAAGAUGAGCGCAUGCUUUCAUCUUCCCAUGGGAUGCUGGAUGGGACAGCAGCAGCGGCGGGCUGUUUGGGGGUUUGUUCGCCCCAGAGUGCUAAAGUUCCUUCCCCUCCCCUCUUUCCCCCUCGUUCUUUCCUUUUUCCCAUCCCCCUCCCAUUUGGCUGACUAUGGAUUAAAACAGAAGCGGCGAUCAAAACUCCAACUAAGACCGCAUCCUUCUUUCCCUUCUGCAAAAUUGGCCGUUACUCCGUCGACAACUACCACCGCGACCAAAGCCCCCUACAUAUUUUCACCUCCGGUGGAGGCUCAGACACCUUUUUAUAAUAAUAACGGCCAGGAUAUGGAUAUGGCGGAUGGAUUGCACGCUCCGUAUUCGGUUAUUAUCGGGCCCCCAACACCUGUGAGCGAUGGGGGUGAGGGGGACGGCGAUGUGGAGAUGAAAGAGGCCUUUGAUAUGGGAAGGGAGAGAGAGAAGGAGAAAGAGAAGGAGAAGCGGAAGCCGUUGUUCAGGAUGGGCUAUUUGGCGGACUGUGAGAAAUGCAGGUCGAGGACCCCGGGUCAUUACAGCCAUUACUAGCGGGAGUUCAUUUUCUUCUUCGACGCCUCACUGUCCGGAGUUCAAUGGGGCUUUACUCAUUUUUUCCUUUACUCUUUAUGUUUUGCCUCUGCGAUGGGUGCAUUCUAGCUUAUUUUCUAUUUUUAUUUCUUAUUCUGAUUGCACCUAUUCACCGAAAUCGAGCUUCUGUUCUAUUUCGACCCAGAUCGCACUAGAUUUGCAUUAUUGUUUUUUUUCUUUCUUUUUUUUCUUUUGUGAAAUAUUCUUGAUUACACGACUGUUGGAGUCACCUACUGCGGUGGAAUUCCAAUGCUUCAUCAAGCCAAGGUUGCCUCCGAGAGUUCUUUAUUCAUUGCAUUUUUUUUUUUUUACAUUUUUAUAUUUUUUUCCUUUGAAAAAGCGGUUGUGACAGAAUAUCUGUCUAUGCGCUUGUACCAUACCGUAUUGUCCAUUGUUUUCUAGAGACCUCUUACACUAUUGCUAUUUUUUUUUUCCGCAUCUGAUUAUCGAUGGAUGACGAUGGAAGUCGAUGAGACGGGACGGGACGAAUUGGGAUGGCACGAUAAUAGAAUUGCCCAACUUUAGCGUCACGAGAAUGAAUCGAUUAGCGAGAGCACUUGCCGAACGGAGAAAAGUUGACCCGACCAAAGCUGACAAUAUCGUGACCCGGAGCCGCACGCAGCCAUCCGCGUUGACUUGAAUAGGGACUUGAAAGGGUGCACUUGUACCAGCACCGUAGUGCAGAACCUGCAGCAACUCUGUGCCCCACCAACUGUCCCACCAUCCGACCCGUGGCUGCAAAUUGUCCUCUCCGAGGAUGUUCGUACUAUGCUAAUAGUACUAUCUA